UGGAUGCAGUUAGCGCCGCCUGUCUUGAUUGAAGGGCUCGGUCAGUCAGCUUCUCUGAGUGGGUAACGUCAACAUGGAGCACUUGAAAACGAGUUUCUACCCAGCGGGAUACGAGAGCGAUAACAGCGACGAAGACUGGUACAGCGAAAGGGCCCCUAACAAAAACCAUUUUGACGUUCAGAGUGUUGAUUAUGCCGUGGCAGAUCCUGAAGAUACAUUUUCUUUGCUGAAAAAGGCCAUCAAUGAAGGCAAAGUUGGUGCCAUUGAACAGCUGCUGGACAAUGGCAUAGACGUGGAUUGCAAGUUGAUCUUUGACUGGACUCCUCUGAUGUAUGCUGUCAGUGUGGCGGAUGACAAAAUGGCCAAAGUGUUUCUGGACCGGGGAGCUAACGCCAACUUCAGCAAAGAUGGAAGGACAGUGCUCAUGGCUGCCUGUGGGGCAUCUGCCGACGAGGACAAAAUUGCUCGUUGUGUGGACCUUCUGCUCUCCAGGAAUGCUGAUCUCAACAUGGCGAACAGGUGUCAAAUGACUUGCUUGAUGAUGGCUGCCAGUAAGGAUUACUGCAAGAUCCUUAACCUGCUGGCAUCGUAUGGCGCUGAUCUCAACAUGCAGGAUGCCAACGGAUACACCGCCUUGUCAUUUGCCGUGCACCACGGCCACGAAAAGGCCGUGCUAAAGCUCCUCCAGCUCGGAGCAGACAGCAGCAUCACGACCAGUGCAGGGAAGACCCCCGCUCAGCUGGCUUCGCUUCUUAACCACACUCAGAUCUCCAGGAUCCUGUCCUCCAACAUUAAUCCUGUCCUGCCUAUCAACUCUGCUGAGGAAUCACUUUGCACAAGCAUCUAUACCAACCCUCAGCCUCAAUCUUCUGUGGAAAGCGUACCCAAGCUGAAUGACUUAGAGCUCUUCCUUCACGGCCUGGAUCUUGGCUAUCUGGCCGACAUCAUGCAUGAGAAGGACAUCGCUUGGGGUGAGCUGCUGACUAUGGAGCAGGAGGACCUGGCCAAGGUUGGAAUCACAGAUCUAAAAGACCAGAAGAAGGUUCUGAGCGCCCUGCGUCAGAUGCACUUGGACGAAGUGGAACUGAAAACUAUUGAAGAACUUGGGGUGAAUGACAAUGGGAGCGAGGAGUUGCUCAACUUCCUGCUCAAGCUGAAGCAGCAAUGCUGCUUCCUGACGGAAAUCGUUCAAGACACAAUCCGCCACUUUCCCCUGCAGGUCUCCAAGCUGGUCUUCACACUGGACCACAAGAGGGAGGCGGAGGCCGUGUGCAGCCAACUGAUGGUGCAGAUUCAAGACCUGCAGACCGAAGUCAACUGCCUGCACAAUCUGCUCUGCCAGAUGAACGAGGCCCCGAACUACUGUCGACCUCCGCCGCCUGUCGCCCACGGCAACAGGAAGCUGCCACCCCUAGCGAGGGUUGUCGUGGGGACGCUUGGGGCUGCCCUCGUCCUCUUCUUCAGCUGCCGCUAUCUGCGCAAGUGA